CAUCAUACAAUUCAACAUACAUAGAAGUUUGCAAUUGUCUAUAGUAGAGGAAGAGUACUUAGCAUUUGAUAUCAAUGUUGUAAAGUUUUCCAAUUUCCUUUAUCAGUAUCAUGCCGGCUAUUCAUAUCGCCGUACAUCCUUUGCCGGGAACAGUGGAAGAGCUACACGAAAGGCUUAAGGAGGUUUCAGAGUCAAAGGAAAAGAGUGGUUUUCUGAGUUCUCCAGUUCUUCAAGCACUCAAGGAUCAAGUGAUAAAAGAGUGUGUGGUUGGACCAAGACAUGUUGCAUUUCUUUUGGAGAAUGGACAAGUUUGCCGUGUUCCUUUCACUCUUCAUCCAGACAAGCUGGAUCUGUCAUCCAGAGAUAUAACUGCGGAAGAAGAUAACAGCAAUACUGCUGCAAGGUCUGCAUCUCAUAUAGUUUUACAUGCAGUUGGUGGUGGAAGUCGGGGUCAAGGUGAAAACUCCUGGGUCCUUUCAAACAGUGGAGAAACUCUCAGCGGUCUCACAGGACACCCAGUUAUCAGUCGUUGGGGUUCAGCUCCAUCAGCCAUGUCAUUAAGGACAUCUGCUCGUGCACCAGUGCGUGGGCGUGGCCGUGUUGUACGGAGGGGUGCGAGAGGGGGAGCAUCUGGCUGGGCGAUAGGCUCUCGUGUUGUACCGGCAACAGCUGUCCCAGAAGAACUUGUCAAUCAGGCUCAAGUUGUGCUUCAAGGAAAAUCAAGGGCUGCCAUCAUCAGAGAGCUCCAGAGAACAAAUCUUGAUGUGAAUUUGGCAGUGAACAAUCUCCUCAGCCGAGAUGAGGAUGAUGGUGAUGACGAUGAUAACCCUGAGUACCUUCCUGGAGAUGACCUUAUGUCCUUGCUAGAUGCCGGUGUACAUGUGGAUGAUCCAUCUUUUGUUGUGGAUCCAGAGGCAAUAUUUUCAGAGGACAUGUUUUACAGCUCACAGUAUGGAACAAUUCAUCGACGUCCUAACAGUAGUGCCAGAGCUUCCAGAACUGUAACAGAGAGAGAGUCAGAGCGUGAGAGGGAAAGAAGUAGGGAGAGGGAAGCACUGAGGAGAGAGAGGGACCGAUGGCUUGGGAACAUCCAUGGAGGGGGUCUGGACUGUGCAACAUCAGGCAGUGCCCCAAAACAACCAUCUCAGGAUAAGGUACCUUCACAGAGUUUCUUGGCAGAUCCUGUGAGUGUGGCAGAUCUUCUCCAGUGGUGGCAACCAGCCAUGGAUGGCAUUUUCCCAUGCUUUACUCACAUUGCUGCCAUGUAUUCAGAGCUGAUAUGUGUGGGAGCUGAUGGAAAGCUGUAUCAAUGGAAAUGGGAAGAUCCGCUUCCUUACAAAGAACAAGAUGCAGCAAUAUAUCACCCUAGAGUCAGGUCUCUUGGUCUUGCAGAUGAGAAGGUUGUGAUGGUAUCUGCUUCCUCUAUAAGGGCAUCUGUCCUUACAGAGACCGGAAAGGUUGCUACAUGGGUUGAUGAAACCCUCAGCUCCAUUGCCAGUAAACUGGAACAUCCCACCCAAGGAUUUUCAGAGUUUUCUGGAGAUAAAGUUGUAGCAAUCCACACAUGCUCACUUUACACUUGUGCCCAAAUGUCAUCUGGAGCCUUGUACUGGUGGGGUGUACUACCAUUUGAGCAGAGAAAGAAACUGUUGGAAAAAGCUCGUGCCAGGGCAAGAAGAAAUCGCACAACCUUUACCAGUUGCAUUGUGCGUGGUGUUCAGGUCUGUUUGCGUAGCUGUCCUCUGUAUCAUCCUGGCUCUAUUGGUAUCAACAUCUCCUCUGGCAUUCCACGUAUGGGACAGUUGUUAGAAUCAGCUUGGAAUCUAGAUGAGAAGUGCCGUUUUAAAGUCCUUCCACUGGGAAAUGAGGAAGCAAGCUGUAAUCCACCAGUUCUAGAUGAACAAGACAGUGAUAUUCCAGGCUCUCUUGGCUUAAAGCGGAAAAAGGAUCCAUCAUUAGAUUCUCCAGAAGAUAAAUCAGUUCAGGAUUGGGAUUUGAAGGAUGUUAUCUUUGUAGAAGAUAAACGGAACAUACCUGUGGGAAAGGUGCUUAAGGUGGAUGGACCUUAUGCUGCAGUUAAGUUCCCACCCAAAGACACUUCCCUUCAUGCUGCAGCUGCUAUGUUGAAUGAAGAAAAUAUGUCUCUUUUACAAGAUGUGCGGCUUCUGCGCAAGGAUGAGCUUCAGCUGGUCAAGUCAUCUGCAGCCAAUAAGAUUCCUGAUUGUAUUCAGCGGACACCAAAGUUGUUGUCUGUUCCAUUAGGCACCAAACCUCUUGCUGUAACUGUCAACUGUAAAGGAGUUCAUGUGAUGUUGAAGACAUCAACUGGUGUUCGCUACGCUCUCUACAGCUUGGCAUCUUCCAAACCAGAACCUGGAGGAACAAUGCCUAAAGACUGUGCAACAUUCCUCAGUCAGCCUGGAGUGAAAGAUAUUCAGCUAUAUCCAACUGGAGAUGAUUCUUUAAUUAUGAUGACAGACACAAAUGGAGCUCCUUUCCCUCUUUCAAAGAACUUCCUUGGAACUGUAAAAGAUCCAGCUUGGACUGAUCUGCCUCCUUUGCAAAGCCUUGGUGUGGGUGUCACUUCACUAAGACCAGGAACUGAGUGUAAAGCCAGAGCCUUAGUGGUUGUGUUGGCUGUGCAAAACCAGCAGUUGAUGUCUCGUAUUCUGAAGUGUGACUAUGAAGCUAUUAAACAGUUUCUUGAUUCCAUGGAAGCAGACCCUGUCAAUAUGGGUAGCCUUCUAGAAGCAGCUCUUUUGGAACGAUGUGAUGGCAAUAGGAACAUUCUCCAUGCCUGCGUCUCCAGAAGCUUCCCAACAUCAGCCCAUGAGCCAGGGGAAGCAGUUGAAUCUCAGAGUAGCAGUGUGUCUACGGCUACAGGUGCCCUUGGUAACAAGCUGGAGUCCAUUAAGGGAGCAGUAGACGCCCUUGCGGCUGCUGUGGCUGCCGCUGCAGCAGCUGUUCGCUCAAGUGAUGGUGGUUCUAGCAGCUCACCCGCUAGCAACAGUACAGGCUCUGUGAGCAACAGCAGUGGUAUCGGGGGCACCAACACUGGGCAAGGAAGCAGUGGAGGAUCGUCAAGACUGGGAAUGCAUGAGAUGAUGCAGAGAGCUGUGACUGCGGCGAGAUCGGCAACAUCCUCCUUGGCAGGACUUGAUGUGGAAGAGGAUGCUCCUAUACCUACAUUGCACUGGCCACCAGACCCUCCAGAUUCGCGAGAUGACGAUACAGGUCCGCCAUUGACCCCGGCUCCUUCAGGGACAGUUCCUACACCAGCGUCAUCCACAGCAGCAGCAGCAGCAGCAGCAGCUGCAGCAGCUGCUGCUGCAGCGGGGGGAACCGCAGCAGCGGCAGCAGGUUCCAGCAAGUCUACUGAACUAUUGUCGACUCAGGCUAAAGCUCUUAAGUGUUUGAAUCUGUUGUGUAAUAGCACUGUAUUGGCACCGUUCCUGCUGCAACUCAUGACAGCCAAGGAUACAGAUGGCUGCACCCCCUUUAUGGCUGCCGUUCGCGGCCGCUCCUACUAUCCUGCCCUCGACCUGUUUGCUACUGCCAAGUACCUGGCGACUGGCCCAGACGGACAAAUUGACAGAAGUGUGUUGAUGUCCAUGUUGUGUCCAUUAGACAGUCACCCCGACGCUUCCCCUUUGCAUGUUCUUUGCUGUAAUGAUACCUGUUCGUUCACUUGGACCGGCACUGAGCACAUUAACCAAGACAUCUUUGAAUGCCGCACUUGUGGUUUGACUGGCUCGCUCUGUUGUUGUACUGAAUGUGCGCGAGUUUGUCACAGAGGACAUGACUGCAAGUUGAAGAGAACGGCACCCACUGCUUACUGUGACUGCUGGGAAAAGUGCAAAUGUCGCGCCUUGGUACCAGGCUCCCAUGCUGCUCGCAUCCAGCUCCUAAAAAAACUGGUUUCAGAGACUGACUUAGUUAGCCGCCCAAAUGGAAGAGGGGAGCAUUUGCUGUUAUUUUUGGCUCAAACUGUGGCUCGACAGACGGUGGAACAGCGACAGUUUCGACCUCAUCGCACCACAACAGAUACUCGUCCAAAAGCAAAGACCAAGACGCUUGGCGCCAGUGGAACUACCCUACCCCUCCCAGAACACGACUUGGAUCCUCCAAGGUUUGCGCGCAAAGCUCUGGAGAUCAUCCUACAGGACUGGAGAGCUGUGAGUGCAAUGCUAAGAGAUGGAUGCCGUACGCCAGGAGAUGCCAGACCGCAUACACACGAGGGCAGUGGUUUGCCCGACGCUGGUGCAAGUCAACUGAUUCCUCUGAUCGAACAAGAAGAUCGUCUUCAAAGUCAGCCCGGUACAGUGCGGUUGGAUGCAUUUACACACUGUCUUGUAGCCAAGUGCGGGCCAGAGACACUUGACCCUCUUCUAGUUACCCUGGUCAAUGCGAUUGAAAAUUCAACAGAUCCUCACAAAUCUGAUGAACUGAACCUGGCUCAGCGCUUCAUCAGAUCUGUAGCCAGAGUGUUCGUUGUCCUAUCAUCACAAAUGGCUCCUGCUAAUGGCAAACGCAAAGUAGGUGUUGUGCAACCGUUGAUGAAGUGUCAGCGUAUUUUCCAGUGUCUUUCCACCAUUGCCAUUCCGGAACUUGUUCAAGUAGCCGAUGCGAUAUUAGCUCCAGUUCGACUUGGCAUCUGUCGCCCAGCACAGCCAUUCAGUCUGUUGUCUUCUACACUAGAAGCGACUCAAGCCAGUGAGGAUUUAUUCACCGUGGAACCAUUACCAAUGAGACCUUCCACGCCAUCCUCGGUUGAGGAAGCUACCUCUCAGGAGAGACCCAGUGUUCAUCGUGUGCGAAGUCAGAGGCACAGAAGGAGGCAGACUGUAACUAUUCCUCGUGUGCAGGAACAGAGUGCUGUACCUGUAGAAGAAGUAGAGGUUGUUGAAGGAGGAGAGAUGGAAACGGAGAGUCACGAAGAAGCUGGAGAUGAAGAAAUUGAAAGCGGAGCAGCUGGAAAUGAAUCUGAUAUGGAUUUAGAUUUACUUGCGGAGAGCGAGAGUGACAGCGAAGAGAGUCAGGUCGGUGAAGUGAACGUUGUGGAGAGUGUUCGUCGUAGUCGUGUGACAGGCUCACUGGUUGGUUCAGACGGCAGCGCCAGCAUGCAUGGGGAGCAUGUGGAGUUGUACUCUGAAGAGGAAUCAUCUACAGGAGAAGAGGAGGAAGAAGAAGAGGAAGAAGAAGAAGUGGUGGUGGAAACAUAUGAUAUACCUGAGAGUAUCGAGAAUAGACCACCUACUGGAGGUAAAGUAUCUACCAUCCCUGCCGCGCAGAUCAAGCCACGCUGCACUAUGCAGUGGGCCAUACGAGCCAAGAACUCCCAGUCAAGAGCUGCAGGUAACAGUGCAGCUACUCCGCAGCCCACCAGCGGUACAGGGUUUAUUUACGUUGAUUCCAGUUCACUCAGACGAAGUGGUGGCAAUGCUGCAGCUGCCAGUACGGCAGCCUCCAGUGAAGUGACUGGGACCAGUGGUGCUCUUAGUAUGAGUAACUCGGCCAGUGCACUGGCACGAGCCUUUGGAAUUGUUGUCCGGGAGGUCACCAACUUGCUCAACAUUGCUCAGGACCCGUCUGCCCUCCCCACUGACAGCCUUACACCCACCACAUCAGCCUUAGCAGAGAUCCAUGUACAGGCAGAUCAGCAGCUUCAGGCAGCCUGGAACUGGCUAGCAGUAGUGUUAGAUUGCACUGAAGCUCAGCUUAGGUUUGGGCUGUCUCUGUCAGCAGCUACCGACCCUUCCCACCCCUCCCAUCCACUUCACGAGUUUCACCCUAAAGCCAACAAAGACAGGCGAACACGUGACGACCCGACGCUUCUGAGAGCUUUGGAAAACAAACGAAAAAGAUCUGUGGUUAGACGAAAACAUGGAGCCACCAGUAGUAACCUGGACACGGGUCGACAAGACUUCUUGGUAUACGUUCUUUCGCUUUUGAGAGGCCAUUCAAACGAACACGGAGACUCUCUCCCCAAACUGGAUGUUUCUUCCUUGCGUCAUGUUGCCUAUGUUCUGGAUGCUCUGGUGUACUACAUACGUAACAACCCAAACGCCAGUUCACAGGCGAACAGAUCCAGUGCAGAGAAGACUGUUACCCCUGACACACCCAACGACGAGGAAGGCGGUGAUGAUGUCGAUGAUGAAGAUAGUGCAAGUUUCAAGAGGGACGGUGAUGAAUAUGAAGAUGAUACAGAUCAUGUUGAGGAUGAACCCAUGCCUACUCCAAUCUUGCCUGGAAAUUUACACAGCUUCUUUGUGCGAACUGACUCCACCACCGUACUGGGCUGUACCCCUCCAGACCCGUACCAAGCUCCUGUAGAGGAAGCCCUUCCUCUUGCCUCCCAGCCACACCUGUUGCACCCUACAGCACGUAGAGAGCAGAUGUUUGGUACUGUGCAUGAGCAUUCAGACAAUGGCUGUGGUGGUGCACCCAUGGUUAGCAGCAUGACUUUGUCAAGGGAAGUUUCUGAAUCAGUGUUCUGUGCGGCGAGACCGACCAGUGUUGCCGCCACCGGACAGCUCUGUUCUACUAUGGAUGUGAACGUGACAGAGAGUGAGUCUUCAGUUGAACCCUCGACGUCAAGUGGCAAAACUUCCGAAUCAGCUGCUAAACCCACCGUCUCUGCUUCUUCUUUCAAACCUGUCAUCUGUAGUGGAACCUCUGCUAACUCCCUGUUGGGUCGCUGGAGGUUAUGUGUGGAGUUAUUUGGCCGGGUGUUUCUGGAAGACGUUGGAUCUGAGCCUUCAUCUGUGUUGAACGAGUUAGGCAGGUUUGAUGUGAAAGAGACCAAGUUUAGGCGAGAGAUGGAGCGGCUCAGGAACUCCACCCAGCGUGACUUGACUAUUGAGGUUGAACGCGACCGUGCCAUCCUCAUUCAACAAACCAUCAGACAGCUAAACACACAGUUUGGCCGGCGCGGUCCUAGGUCUCGUCCAAUGACUAUACACCGUGUUAAGGUUACAUUCAAGGACGAACCAGGGGAGGGGAGUGGGGUGGCGAGAAGUUAUUACACUGCAGUGGGAGAAGCAUUCCUUUCUGGAGAAAAGCUGCCAGCUCUUGAUAAUAACAGAAGUAUAACUCAGCGUAUAAGACGUGCUACAAGUUACCGUUACAAGCGUGAUCGUGAUCGUGAUCGUGAACGUGAUGCAAGAAGACAGCUUUCAGCCGAUGCACGAGCUUUUCACUUUAGUGGCAGCAGCAGCACCGCUGAUGGAGAGGAUCCCGAUGGUGACCCACUGCCGUACCACAGGCAGUCUUUAGGAGAGAGGCUGUAUCCUCGAGUCCAUGCAUUGCAGCCUUCUCUGGCCAGCAAGAUCACCGGCAUGCUGUUAGAGCUGUCUCCUGCUCAGUUACUUUUACUGUUGGCCAGUGAGGACAACUUGAGGCAAAGGGUGGAAGAAGCUGUUGAGUUACUUCUCGUCUCUGGAAGGAUUAUAGGAUUUUGUCUUCUACAAAACGAAUUGUGUCCGAUCAACCUCAACAGACAUGUUAUAAAGCACAUCCUCUCAAGAAGGAUUGGUUGGCAUGACCUUGCCUUUUUCGACCCUACACUCUACGAAAGUUUACGGAAUAUCAUCGUCGAAGCCACGUCCCCAAAUGCAGAGCACAUUUUCAAGGGCCUGGACUUGACAUUUAAUGUCCAGGCCACUGUGGAAGAAGGUGAUGGCGGCCAAGUGGAAUUGAUCAAAGGUGGAAAAAAUGUUUCUGUCACGCCAUCUAACGUGUAUGACUAUGUGCGACUGUAUGCCGACCACAGAAUGGUGGGCAAUAAUAAGAAGGCUCUCCAGGCUCUUCGCAAUGGAGUAUUGGAUGUGAUACCUUUAUCUGCCUUUGAUAACCUGACAGCUGAAGAUUUCCGCCUGUUGUUGAAUGGUUGUGGCGAGGUGAAUGUCCAACAGUUGACGAGCUACACUUGUUUUAACGACGAGACUGGAGAAAUGAACGAUCCCUUAGAAUGCUGCAGUUGCGUUUUAUUGUGUUGUCCGUUUUGACAGUUCAAAUUUAUAGCACUUUACACCUUUCAGUAAACUUCUUAUUCUCUACACUGUUACCUUUACAUUUCCUAUGGUACUGACAAGGUGAUUUUCUUUGACAAUCAGAAGCUUAUUGGAUUGGUGAUCAUUUCCGUUCUACAUGCACCCAUAUGACCCCUUUAUAAUUGACUGCGGGGUACCGUAAGGAUAAAUAAGAAGCCAGUGACUCUGAGGGGAUAAAGUGUUAGAGACCCUGUCCACAUAGUUGAUUGUCGACGGUGAUGUUUAUAAAAUGUAUUAGGGAAACACAAAUAAAGAAUUUGCUGAAAU